AUGCGGUACCCGAUGUACUUCCGCAGACCACCGGCGGCAAACGGGACGACUUCUCCCAACGCAAAUCGCGUUCCCACCCUGGACACUGCUCUCAAUGGCCGACGUCGUCGCUCGCUCGAGAUUUCGUACUCCUCGACGCUGCUUUUGCUGUGGACCUGUCUCCUCGCCUGGGUCUCGUGGCAGGCGCAAUUUCGCAUGCAGGCCUGCAGCAUCUUGACGCUCUGCACCAUUGCCCUCACCUCUGAGCACGGGGAGAGCCGCCUCCUCAUGCCGCUCAUCUUCUUAUCGGAGCGCUGCCUUGACCACGCCAUGGACCUUGGCCACUCGCCGAUUCUCUUUUACGCCUCGACGCUGUUGUCGUACCUGUCACUCAUCGCUGCGAAGGCGGAACAGCGCGGCAAGUCCGCCCACGACCGCAACGUGGUCGCCGAAAUCGCCCUCUACGCCGUUGUUGGCUUCAUUGUCGUCUUCUUUAUCGUGAAGGACAAAGUCAUCUCGUUCGGCGGUAUCGUCUACGUUGUGUCUGGCUACAUCUUCUUUGUGAAGCUGUCCCCGGCCGUCGGGGACAACGAGGCCAUUUUAAUCGGUUCACUCGUGGGAUUUUACAUGUGUGACAUCUGCGUAAACAACAACCUCAGCAUCCAUGGUGGCCGGGAGUCGGUCCUGCUGCUCAACGCGCCUGGGUAUCUGACCUCGUACACGCACAUUGCCAGUCGUGGCAUGAUCCUGUGUACGAUUUACAUCGUGUCUAUUAUAGGUGCCCUGUCGAGGUGGUGCCUCGUGCCAACUAACAAAAACUCCAAGUCGUCGCGGCGGCGCAUCAGCCGCAAGAGAAUCACGAUCAUCUUCUGGGUCUCGAACGUGGUGGUUGGCUUGACGCUCGCGUUGGUGAUCAGCUAUCAGUUUCGCGAGAACGUGCUCCGCUGGCUUUAUGCGUACAUCAUGUCCAGUCGCUUCCGAAUGUGGACGAUGGUGUGCUGGGUCACCCUCCUGCCACUGGCGGUGUACCUGGUCGACGUGCUCUCCGUCAACGUUCGGCAGACGGUGCGCCGAAAGCUGUUCCACUUUAUCGCCGUUGUCGCCUUUACACCGUCCAUUAUGAUUGACCCGCCAUUUAUGGCCUUCGCGUUUUCCACCGCCAUCAGCGUCUCUGUUUUAAUGGAGGUUGGGCGGUACUACAACAUCUACGGCGCGCAGCACAUCUCACACUUCAUUGUGCAUCACAUCGACGACCGCGACAGCAUCGACGGCGUGGUGCGGACACACAUUUACCUUCUCAUCGGACUUGGCAUUUCCAUAAUGAUGCGUUAUCGGCACCUGUCCCCUGACGUGAAACCCGUGCCCGCUAUCAUUGAACUCUCUAUCAACAUUAUACCUGGCAUCGUGUCGCUCGGCAUCGUUGACGCGUGCGCGGCGAUUAUCGGCAGCUCAUACUUCUUGAGCUCACGGCGUACGCUCGGGCGGUAUCUGAAGAACAACCUCUUCACCGAGCGCGCGAACACGUCCAUCACGCACAAGACGACCACUGGCACGCUGGGCGGACUGCUGUGCGGAAUGGUCUUCUGGGUCGUCAUUCUGACGAUCGCGGAGGUUCCCAUCACCGGACCUGUGUGGUACACGUUUACCAUGAUCGCCGCCUGCACCUUGACGGAGUGUUUUAUGGACGGGAUCGACAACCUGCAGCUGCCGUUGGUCGUUCUUGGCGCGGUAAACAACCUCUUUGCUUUGCUGGUGCCGGCCAAGGAGCUGUGGGUGAAUCCGGCCAUCACGCGUCCAAACCCGACCACGGCGACGUCAUUGGCGAGUGCGCUAACCUCACCGUGGAAGAGCUUUCCAUCGCCUGUGUCACCGUCCUCUUCCUUCUAG